AUCAAUACUAGAUUUUACACUGAAAAUGCACUCCGUUCUUAGAUAUUAUAUGCAUCUUGAGUUUACUAUUUAGCGGCAGGUACACACGUGUACCAAACGGUCGCUUAUCAACUACAGUGAUCCAGCCAACACCUGUUUUGUCUCCGUCCCGCCGCUGUCGGAGCGUGCCACCCGCCACCACCUGCGCCAGCUGCACCAACUGCCCGCACAGCACUCAGUCGGCCUUCUCCGCACGACUCAAAGCCCGUCGGCCGCUGGCCCACCACCACUAUCACCACUAACGCAGCCAAACAAACGCCCCCAACGUUGUCCCCCGCACUAUCGCCCAUUGUGGUGGAUACGCUGCAGAGAAGAAUGGCUCGGGUAGGCUGCGCCGGCCUACAAAAGUAGCUUGCAUCAUCAGGCUACGGUUACCUGGCGCGGCAUUAGUCCCGGGCCUGCGUCGUCCGUUGUCGCUGCAUUUCCGUUUCCUCUCCCCGCGGCCACCGGACAUAUUUGUCUCCUCCUCCUUCUCCUCAUCUGUCCUCCCCAUACAUCCCCUUACACACACCCGUCCUGUACAAUUUCUCUCUAUACUCUGUAACAUGGCUACGUGGGAAGCAAAAGCCGCUAGCAAGCGCAACACCCUCCAGCAGUCCAUCCCGCUUGAGUGGCGCAUCCCCAAGGACCUGCUGCCGCCACCAGACUUGGACAAUGUCAUGGACUGGCCUGAGACAUCGGGCUGGUUUACAAAGGAAGAGCUCGCCAUUACAGAUCUCACUGCGGAACACCUCGUUAGAAAGCUAGCGGGUGGUGCGUAUACCUCCGAGGCGGUCACCCGUGCAUUCUGCAAGAGAGCCGCUGCCGCUCACCAACUUACAAACUGUCUCUCAGAGACUUGCUUUGACAGGGCCAUUGCAACAGCUAGGGCUCUUGACGAACAUUACCAAAGGACCGGCAAGCCGAUUGGCCCGCUCCAUGGACUGCCCAUCUCGCUCAAGGAUAACUUUAACCUCAAGGGCCUGGAUGCCACACUUGGCUUUGUAUCACACAUUGGAGAUCCGGCCAAGGACGACUCGACGCUCGCCAAGAUCCUGCAAGAGGCCGGUGCCGUCUUUUACGUCAAGACGAAUGUGCCUACGGCCAUGAUGAUUGCCGAGACGAUCAACAAUGUCUUUGGAAGGACUACCAACCCUCGAAACAGGCGCACAACGUCGGGUGGCAGCUCUGGUGGUGAAGCGUCACUUAUUGCAUUCAAGGGCAGCCCUCUCGGCGUCGGCAGUGACAUUGGUGGCUCUCUUCGUAUCCCGGCUGCUUGUACCGGCAUUUUCACCCUACGUCCUUCAUUUGGCCGCUUCCCCACCCGGGACUGCCGCUCCGGUAUGGCCGGCCAAGAGGGUGUCAACUCUGUCAACGGGCCCAUGGCACGCAGCCUCGAAGACGUCCAGCUGUACAGCCGCGUCGUGAUCGACUCACAGCCAUGGGUUCGAGAUGCCAAGUGCGUGCCCAUCCCAUGGCGAGACGUUACAGCACCCCGUAAGCUUAAGAUUGGCGUCAUCUGGAGCGACGGCAUUGUACAGCCCACUCCACCCGUUGCCCGUGCCCUGCGCGAGACUGUGAACAAACUGCGCGCUGAUGGCUUUGAGGUUGUCGACUGGGACGUCAGCGACAUGGGUACAGCGCUGGCCCUGAUUAACCGUUUCUUCCGCGCCGACAAUGGCGUGAAUAUCAGGGGCGAGCUUGCUCGCGGCGAGGAGCCCUAUGUCAAAGAGAUGGUCAUCCACGAAGUGUCAGAGGAGGUAAGCGUGGCCGAUACAUGGAAAUUGCAGGCUGAGCGAUCUGCUUUCCAAAACGCUCAUCUCCUAAAGUGGCAAGAAACGGGUGUUGAUGCUCUUUUGUUGCCCAAUAUGCCGUAUGUGACGCAGAAGCACAGCAGCACCAACCACAUUGGAUAUACUGGCAUGUUCAAUGUCCUCGAUUACUCCUGCGUCACGUUCCCCACAGGAUUGACUGUGGACAAGAGCGUCGAUGUGUUGCCUGCUAAUUUCAAGCCCUUGAACAGCAACGAUGAAAAAAUCCAGUCUCAGUGUAAGUGAACCAAGUUAUCUGGCGUUAUAUAUAUUCUGUGAGCUGACGUGCUACUCUUGUAGAUGAUGCGGAUGUUGUCCACGGAAUGCCAAUCACGCUCCAGCUGGUUGGCCGAAGACUCGAGGAAGAAAAGGUCCUAUCCAUGACGGAGCGCGUACUUGAAGUCUGCAGCGACACAGCUACACCACCCUCCAGGCUGUAAAAAUAAUCCCCUUGACGUGGUCUAUAUCGAGAUUGUACAUAGAGGCUUCAUUUCCGUAGUAAAUACCUGACCCAGCUCAAGUUCUUGGCUGUCCGUUGAAACAGACUCGACGCUGCCCGUGCAUGUGUCAUUCUCGGCGUAAAGGGGCCUGGUAGUUGUCACGGCUUCUUCUUCGUCUUCGUUCCCCGAUCCAGCCCUAGGGCAUCCAUGACCGACCUUGUCUGGGAGUCGGAUUGAGCCCAACUAAACGGCGCCACGGUAGGUUUCUGAUUCACCGGGUGCAUAUGGCUGGAGACGCCUCCUACCAUUUCUACAUCUUCUGGCUGUCCACCAGUAUGACGCUGCCGCUUCGGUUCAAACGCCGAGAUUUGCGGCUUCCUUUGUAGCGGAAAUACAUGGCUUCCCACGCCGCCCACCAUCUCCGCAUCUUCCAACUGCGCACCAGUAUGCUGCCUUGAUUCUAUCUCCUUGCCUUGUCGCGUCCACUGCAUUGGCGACAUAUGGCUGCCCACGCCGCCGACAAUAUCAGCCCGCGCAAAUUCAGCCUCCCACGGUUCUGAUCUCGCUCUGGCCAAGCUCGGUACAGGCCCUUGGCUCUCCCAGUCUAGGAAGAUGGCAUGAUACGGCGUACCAUCUGAUUCCGUAGCCGGGCUGACCGUCAUGGUAAUUUUACAUCCAGCCAUUUCUAUAGUCUGUCUAUUGUCGCCAACUGGCCCGUACAUUCCUUCCUGCAUCGCCAGGCUUUCCUUGUAGGCAAACUUGAACGGGGUCGAGUUGACGCCAGACCAGUUGAUGCGGUCGACGAUGUUGACGACAAUCUGGCUGGUGUCGCGCUUCCUUCCCGUACCGCCGACGUAGAUUACCAACACAAAGUACUCGGAAUUCGGGUUCGUGUCAAAGCUGCCCGGCACAAAUUCGAUAUACAUAUACUGCUCCGUGGCUAGGUGCACGAGGAACUCGCCGCCCUCGACGUCCCAGUUGGCCCGUGGCCCGAGAGACCUAAUGUGCCAGUACUUUUUGCCCUUGUGGUCCCAUGCCCGCCAGCGUAGCCGGACAGCAUGGCGCUCCCACCGGACGAGCUCCUUCGCCAUGGUCGGUGUGACGCUGUUGAGGAUACAGACGGGUUCGAUGCAGGGGUCCAUUAUGGGUAUGUCAGCAAACGCUUUCAUGCGCUCUGGCGUAGCCUCUAGUCGCACAUAUAGCCCUGGGCUGACUUUUUGUAGGAUGAGGUAUGACCCGUCCUGCCGCACGCCACGGAAUCGGGCAUCUGCAUAGACAAGAAACAGGAUGUAGUGGUGGCGGAAUCCUCUUGCUGGUUUCUGCGAAUACAGCCACACAUUCUCAAACAUGACUCCUUUGUUGCUGAGAGAAAACUGUGCAGCGAGCUGGUUGCGCACACGGCCAAGAGCGGAUCUAGGCUGUUCUGUUUCCUGCUUGACAGCGGCAAAGCCAGCAAAGUUGGCUGGGCUUGGCGCGAGAAUAGGCAUAAAGUCGCCGUCUACCGUCGACUUGCCCUGCCAGGCGAAAAUGGUAAAAUCGUUGUACUUUUUAAUGACUUCUUCUUGGAGUCGGAUAAACGCCUUGUCGCCCUCACCGUAGAGCAUGGGCAUGUUAAUGUCGAGCAGACCGAGCAGGCUGUACGCCAUAUCUUCCUUGCGCGUUGUCUUGCGGUGAGCAAUCCACGAGAUUCUCUCGGCAAUGGGGAAAUCUUGGAGAUCUUGCUGAGGCGGACUAGUCAGAAGAGACUGCGGGACGCCAGUAAUGUCGGAGAUGAUGUGUGUCAAGUUAUUUCUGUCACCAACUUGCCCCCAGUGUCGGUUGAAGAAGAGCAUCAUCCUGGGGGCAAGCAGCUCCUGUAGGCACCAGCCGCGGGUAAACCACCUACAUGAUGCAAGGGCGUCUUUGAUUUGUGAGUCUGUCGCUUGGCCGAGGUCGCUGUCGAGAUCGCUGAGCAGCGAGUAGCAGACCUCGGAGUCACGGUACCAGGCGAACAUGGAGUUGAUGGCCUCGGUGAGUUCUGCGCUGCUAGACUUGUCAAUGCAGCAGGUGUCGAUCCAUAUGUAGUUGAAACCGUCUAGUUUGGUUUUAUUGCAGGCAUCGACAAUCUUUUUAUAGCCUGCCUUGGCUCUGAUGGUGGCUGCAACGUCGGUGUCAUCGUGAGCCUGGUUAAACUCGGCCAGCGAGACCUCUUCCAGGCCCCAGGAGUGGGAGAGGACGGCAUAUUUGGGGGUGGAAUCGCCAUAUACGAGCUCUAGCUUCAACGAAGAAGCGUUGAUGAGCCACAUCGCCAGUGGUGAGUUGCGCCGUUGCUGCUA